AUGAGAAUAAUUUGUCGUGAAGUGAAUAACUUCGUUGAAAAAUUAAGAUAUGAGGUUUGUGCACAUAAAUGGAUGUCGCUAUGUGAGUACAACAGAGGUGCUGCGUUACUGAAUAACUGUAAAUAUGGUCAUUCGUGUGAUGGAAAUAUCAUGCGAAUCUCUUUAUUAAGAUCCAGUAAAUCACCCGAUGAGAACGCUGAUAUUGGCCGACAUCAGUUUUCAUAUGCAUUUUAUCCGUUCAUUGGAUCAAUUCAACAACCGAACGGUAAUGCAGCGAUGAGCGUUAUGAGAUGUGCAUUUGAAUUUAACAAUCCAGUGCGUUAUUUAGAAGGAAUUGCGGGAACGAUUAGUGAACACAUCGAUAACGUAUUCAAAAUAAGUGGAUCUGAUGGUGUAAUUAUCGAUACGAUAAAGGCGAGUGAGGAUGAUGAGAAUGCAUUAAUAAUGCGCUUAUUUGAAUGCUUCGGAGGAAGCGCACGAAUCUGGCUUCAUUGGAAUCACGCUCGAAUCGUGUCGAUCGACUUGGCUGAUGGUCUCGAACAGAGCAUAUCCAAUAUCCCCAUCGAAAGUACCAUUCCAAACGAAUCUGAACAGGAAGAUGUGCCUUCCGAAUCAGUAAAACUCGAAUUUCAUGCAUUUGAACUCAAAACAUUAUUGAUUCGUUUAUUCGCCAUGUGA